AUGCAGUUUUAUUUCGUUUGCUUUAUACUGAGCUGCCUCGCUGUGGCUUGCUUGAGUGCGCCUCAGUUCCCAGGCUCAGGAUACGGCUUUGCACCUUUUGGAGGAUAUGGAGGAGGCAACUACGCCUCGUCUGGAGCGAGUGCAAGUGCAGCAGCGAGUAGCAGCAGUGGCAACUAUGGCUAUGGCUUUGGAAAUCCAGGAUACGGCUAUGGAUGGCCAGGCGCAGGAUAUGGCGGAGGAUUUGGAGGAGGCUACGAAGCGGGCUAUCAGCAGCAGUCGAAUCAAUUUCAAUACAAUAAUUAUGGCAAUUAUGGAGCUGGAGGCGGCUUUAGAAAUCCAUACUUUGGCUAUGGCAAAUGAGCAUGCUUACAAAUGUAGAUGUAGAUAUGUGUGUUGUGUUGUUAACUGCUGGAAAUUUCUGUUUUUUUAGUUAAACGAUUUCUAUUUGUUGGUCUUUUGACGUUUUGGAGGUCAAUAAAACGUAA